GCCGACAACAGAGACGAUGCCGACGCUUCCGUACGGAAUUGCGACGGAGAAAGGUCCGAAGCAGUCCCAGGAGGAUGCGUACUACAUCGGGGCAUUCCGUGGGGACAGGUUGACGUUGAACGGGUUCACUGAGUCAUCGUCGUCGGCGCCGACACCUGACGCAGACGAAGAAUUCGAAGGGUGUUUUGGUGUAUUUGACGGCCACGGAGGAGACCGCGCGUCCAGGUAUUGCGCAGAAUUUGCCUUCCAGAAGAUCCGUGCGAAUCUUGCCGCGUGUCGGCGGACGAGAAAGCAUGGCGCAAACGAUGAUGUGGUGCUACCUGCUGUGCUUCGGCAAUCCAUCCUUGCUCUUGAUGCAGAAUUCUGCGAGCGGUCCGGUGCCCAGCUCCGUUUUGGGAAAGCUUCGGGAAACUCCAACUACCCCCUCUGUGGCAUUGAAGACGGGUCGACUCUUGUGCUGGCCAUGAUUCGGAACCACAAGCUAUAUAUCGUCAAUGUCGGUGACUCCCGCGCCGUUCUCUGCCGCGUCACUUCAUCUGGAGCAUACACCGCGACACCACUCACGACUGACCACAAGCCCGACCUCCCCACCGAACGCGCCCGCAUCGAGGCGAAUGGCGGCCACGUCACGGGGCUAUUGUGCGGCAGGAAGCCUCCCAGCUUUGCGCUGCAUCAUUGGCCGUUCAACUGCAUCGUGGAUGUGCCUCGAGUGGAUGGCAUCCUGAGCAUGACACGUGCGAUGGGGGACGUCACGAUGAAGCCGCCUCUCACGGCCGAGCCGGACGUUGUGGUGCACGCUUUAGACAGCCGCACCGACAAGUUUUUGAUUUUGGCCACCGACGGGCUGUGGGAUGUCGUCACCAACCACAAAGCCGCCAAGGUCGCGUUGAGCUGCCCAUGCGCCCAAGCUGCCGCCGCCGCCCUGUGCAAGCUCGCCAUGCGCCGAAACACGGCCGACAACGUUACUGUGCUUGUCGUCGACUUGGCUAGGUACACGCAACCAGCGCCGCCCGAUGACCCUGGCACCGCACGACAAAGCGAAGAGCGACCUCACGUAGCGCCAAUUCGCCCCGGACGACCUUCUAUUUAACACGAUGAAUCUACACACGUACAUUCACCGCUGCA